GGGAAAAUUUUGAAAAGAGAGGUUAGAGGUUAAACGUAACUGGGGCAUAGGUCAAAGGUAAAGUAAGUCCAGAGGUCGGGAAACCUGCACAGAUUUUACGAUGACAGCACCCUUAAAACUUUCCAGAUUCUACGAAUGGGGUAGAAAGAUUGUCGCAGUGGGAAGGAAUUACAGAGCUCACUGUGCAGAGCUGGGUAAUCCGGUACCAAAAGAACCUGUCUUGUUCUUGAAGCCAACAACUUCUUACCUGCCAGAGGGGAAAGGGCCUACCAGGGGCCCUCCUGGGUGUACAGAUCUCCACCAUGAGAUAGAGCUGGGGGUGGUGAUAUCGGGAGGUGGUACCAACAUUCCCCAGGAGAGUGCAAUGGACCAUGUAGGGGGGUACGUCCUCGCCCUGGACAUGACGGCCAGGGACUACCAGAACAUAGCCAAGGAGAAGGGCAUUCCAUGGACAUGGGCCAAAUGCUUUGACACGGCAUGUCCAAUCAGCGAGUUUGUGCCAAAAGAAAAGGUCAGCGACCCGCAAGACCUGAACAUGUGGCUGAAGGUCAAUGGCGAAGUGCGACAGAAAACCAACACCAACGACAUGAUCUUCACUGUGCCUUACAUCAUCAGCUAUAUCAGCAAGAUGAUGACCCUGGAACCAGGUGACCUGAUCCUGACAGGAACACCCAUGGGCGUGGCAGGUGUCCAGCCUAAUGACCAGUUAGAAGCUGAGAUAGAGGGCGUGGUGGCCAUGAAGUUUACUGUGGGGGACAAACUCUGAUAUGGUGGAAAGAUUCAACAUUAAAGACCUUCAUCAUAAGAAUAUUAUGUUUAAUUAUGUUUUCUUCCAUUCUGAUACAUAUGAUAUAGUCAAAAAUAUGACAGAAGAUUACAUUUUUCCUUCUAACGAUUGUCAAAGAAUACAAUGUUAAUGUUUCAUACAUGUAAUAUGAUGCAAACAUGAUGAUCAAUGUUAAGUAUAGUCAUACAGUAUCUGUUGAAUACCAUUUGAUAAUCGACUGCAAAGUGCAAUUAUUUGAAUAUAAUCAGUAAUAAAGGGACAAAAUUCUAA